GUGUUUGUGCAGAGCCAGUGAGUGAGAGUUCCGCUUUGGUUUGCUGCAAACUGACGAGGAUUGCGUCUUUUUCUAUCUGACGAAAUUAAAAAAUAAAGAAGGAAGAGAAAAUGAGAACUACGUAGCAAGAGUCACUGGCAAACCCACCAACGUCGUAUGUAAAAGACUCGAUAGUGCAGAGCCCAGCGUGCCAUCGCUUGGUUGCUCUGUGAUGUGACUUGUCGGUACUGGAGCAGCUGUGCUCACUCGCUAGGUUUGCGUUGGCUUUCUCAUUUAUUAAUGACAAGUGAGGCCUCUCCCUGGCUCGUUUGCAGUCAGUAGCAGAGGGGAGAAGCGAUCAAAAUAAUUUACCUACAACAUUAGAAUUUUUUUUUACUUGGUGUGCAACCGCGUCAGAUCGGAAGAAUACCCAGCAAAGUUUAACCCCUUCUGCAUGCUAAAUGGCGUCAGACACCAGUGACACGGAGGAAUUUUAUGAUGCUCCUGAAGAUGUCAAUUCUCCGACCGUAUCCCCAGUGAAGUUUCUCCUGCCAGCUGUAAAGGAGUCUGCAGAGAGUAUUACACAGAAUGCAAGCUUACAUUUAAAAAAUCAGGAACUGAAACAAGAUGAUCCAAUUGAGAUUAUUGAUAGUAUUAUUGAACAAAGCCAGAAAGUAACUGAGUCGUAUGAAAUACUUGAAAGUGAAAAUCCAGAAGUAUGUAAUGAUGACAGUAGCACUCCUAUGGCAGCUGUAGAAGUUCAGCUAAACAUCAUCGCUGAAGCAACACAAAAUGAAUCACCUGAGGACACAGUUAAUCAAAACAUUUCUGUUCCCCAGCUUGAAAAACUACAAGAUUCUGUGUCACAAGCAUGCCUUACAGAAGGUAAAGAACCUUUUCAGGAUGCCACACAUUUAGUAGAGCAUACAAGUUCUCAUAACAAAGAUAAGAUGGGUAUGAAGCUAAAUAUCACAACUGAUGAUGCAAGAACCGAUAAUGUCAAGGAAGCUAGCAAGGCAGACAUUUUAGAGAAACUGACACAAGACACAGAAACCAAUAAGGAACCUUUGCCUCCAGCCAAACCACCACGUCAGUUAACAUUGGAACCUGAUAUAGUAGCCAGCACUAAAAAAGCUGCUCCAAUAAGACCACCUCCACCAUCAAAUUGCCCACCUCCAAGGCCACCUCCACCUGCACGACCUGCACCUCCCCCAAGGAAAAAAAAGAGUGACCCUGAGCUUGAAUCGCAAAGACCUUCAGCACUUGAAGUUCCUUCAGACAGAGUAGAAUCCUGUGGUCUCGUAUCACCCAACACUGCUGUUGAGUUUAUUACCAAAGAGCUUCAGCAUUCUUUAGACUUGGCCAGUGCAACAAGUGGAGACAAAGUUGUCACAGUCCAGGAGAAUGGGAAAGCUGCAGAUGGGCAAAUAUCUGAAUUAGUAGCGAACGAAUCUUCAGGACCACAAAGGCCACGGUCGAAUUCUGGUCGUGAGCUAACAGAUGAAGAAAUUUUAGCAAGUGUGAUGAUAAAAAACUUGGAUACUGGAGAAGAGAUCCCACUUAGUCUAGCAGAAGAAAAACUUCCUACUGGUAUUAAUCCACUGACAUUGCACAUAAUGAGAAGAACAAAGGAAUAUGUGACAAAUGAUGCUGCACAGUCAGAUGAUGAAGAUAAGUCUCAGCCCCAGUUAACUGACAUGGAUGGAGGAAAAUUAAAACAAAAAACUACACAACUUAAAAAGUUCCUAGGUAAAUCAGUGAAAAGAGCCAAGCAUCUUGCUGAAGAGUAUGGUGAGAGGGCAGUAAACAAAGUGAAAAGUGUCCGAGAUGAAGUUUUUCACACAGAUCAGGAUGACCCAUCAUCAAGUGAUGAUGAAGGGAUGCCGUAUACUAGACCUGUUAAGUUUAAAGCAGCCCAUGGCUUUAAAGGACCUUUUGAUUUUGACCAAAUUAAAGUUGUUCAGGAUUUAAGUGGUGAACAUACAGGUGCCGUGUGGACAAUGAAAUUUGCUCACUGUGGACGAUUACUUGCAACUGCUGGACAGGACAAAGUUGUCAGAAUAUGGGUAUUGAAAAAUGCCUUUGAUUAUUUUAAUAACAUGAGAAUGAAAUACAACACUGAAGGCCGUGUGUCUCCAUCUCCCUCUCAAGAAAGUCUUAGCUCAUCAAAGUCUGAUACAGAAACAACGGUUAACAAUACAGCUGAAGACACAGAUUUGGAUGAUAAAAAUGCACCUUUUAGACAACAGCCAUUUUGCAAAUAUAAAGGGCACACUGCUGAUCUACUUGACCUUUCUUGGUCUAAGAACUACUUUUUGCUUUCAUCUUCCAUGGACAAGACAGUACGAUUAUGGCACAUAUCACGGAGAGAAUGCUUAUGCUGCUUUCAGCAUAUUGAUUUUGUUACUGCUAUUGCUUUCCAUCCUAGGGAUGACAGGUACUUUUUAAGUGGAUCUCUGGAUGGUAAGCUACGGCUAUGGAACAUUCCUGAUAAAAAGGUGGCACUUUGGAAUGAAGUGGAUGGACAAACUCGUCUGAUCACAGCAGCAAAUUUCUGCCAGAAUGGAAAGUAUGCAGUUAUUGGUACAUACGACGGAAGAUGCAUAUUUUAUGAUACAGAGCAUCUGAAAUACCACACCCAAAUUCACGUGCGAUCAACAAGAGGCAGAAACAGAGUGGGUCGAAAAAUUACUGGCAUUGAACCAUUGCCUGGAGAGAACAAGAUAUUAGUGACCUCAAAUGAUUCAAGAAUCCGACUGUAUGAUUUGAGGGAUUUAUCUUUAUCAAUGAAGUACAAAGGAUAUGUCAAUAGCAGCAGUCAGAUUAAAGCCAGCUUCAGUCAUGAUUACUCCUAUAUUAUGAGUGGCUCUGAAGACAAAUAUGUUUACAUCUGGAGCACAUACCAUGAUUUGAGCAAGUUUACAUCUGUGAGGAGAGACCGCAAUGACUUUUGGGAAGGAAUUAAAGCUCACAAUGCAGUUGUCACAUCAGCUAUCUUUGCACCAAACCCAAGUUUAAUUGUCUUUCCUGAAUCAAAUGUAGAAAAAUCAGAACUAGAAGUAAAGAAAAGUGAAACUUCAGGACUAGACAAUAUCCCUUCAGGGGCCCUGAAAACAGAUCACACUGAAGUACUUCUGUCUGCUGAUUUCACUGGUGCAAUAAAAGUUUUCAUCAACAGAAAAAAGAACUGAGGUGGACGAGUGCCUACUUCAGCAUUUCUCUUUGGAGAAAACAACCUGUUGUUCGUUUAUGUAUGUGGAGCAGCAACGCCAUGUUUUCAGUAGAUGUAUCGGAUUACUAAUACAUUGAAAAGGCAUUUGUUAAAAUACAAAUAAAGUGGUUGAGGGUCAUGAUUGUCACACAGUUGUGCUUGUUUAAGUAUACACAAAAGGAAUAUUGCAGGGUACGUACUUAAGGGAGUAGAUGCUAUGCCUAGCUAGGUCCAUAGAUACAUAAAUAUUUCAUUUCUUUUCAUUGGGUCAGGAUUGAAGCAUGACAGAAACUUUAAAUUCCUGCACAGCACUGUGCCUUUUCUGCUUAAAGAUGAGUAUAAUAGCCAGGGAUGCGCUCCGGACAGAAAUGAGAAUAUAUAAUCAAAGCUACAGAGCACAUUCUUCAGAUUGGAAAUUUGAAGAAUCAUUUCAAGAAUGGAUUGACAGUAAUUACAUGUCCACCAGGUUAAAUGGGAAAGAUUGUAAAAGAUUCAAGACAAUUCCUGCGGCAAGCAUUAAAAUGCAGAGUUCACUGACCUUUCACUUUUUUUUUGUUUGUUUAAGCAAGCAGUAUUGGGCUCCUUGUUUUUCUGUUACAGCAGUUAAAUUACCAGAAAAUAAAUAAGUUGUAGAAUUUUAUUAGGUUUAAAGUGUUUAUUUAAAAAAGUGUAAAAUUCAUUUUUAAUUUUUCUUUGUGAACAAGAAAUUGAUCAUUUAUUUCCAGUGGAGCUUUGCCAAUGAAAGCUUUUGUAAAUAUCUAACUAUUAAAUACUAAUGAUAUAACUUUUUUAGGUGGAUUACCUAAAAUGUGUUAUUGAUGGUUAAGAAGUUAAAGUUUAGAAAUUGUAAAAAGUAAAUAAAAUUGGUCUU